CGGUGAAUACCUCAAUUCUCAAGUAUUAUCAAUUUCUAUGUUGUUUUAGAACGUUAAAUAGGUUGUUUGGACAUGUAUGACGACACUCUCUACCCUGGGACUUCCCCAUAUGACCCAGAUGAUAAUGUUGACUUUUCCGCCGCGAUUAGCGGAAUGUACGAGAUAUCCAACCGGAAAGGGGCGCUAGAGCUCAAGGUAGACGUGGAUAAGACCGGGAGAUUCCGUAAAGGCUUAAAUUUUAUCAGUGGAACAGUUACCAACACCGAUAAAAGUUUAUGGCCAGAAGAUGCUUCGUCAGCAUUUUUCCGCUGUGUCAAGGAAAGCGUGGAGAAGACGUCAUCAGGAAACACCGCAUCGGUGAAAGCGAGCAUUAACGUCAUACUUAGUGACGCAGGGAGACGCAGCGGUGACGUCACCAUUGCUUUCAAUCGCUCCGGUGGAAGUUGGGUUUGUGACGUUACAGUGACAAUUGAAGGGAAACAAAAGGUCUUCAACAAUGUCACGAAAGCCUCUGACCAUUUCCGCGACAUUCACCUUGAUAUUGAUUACGUGGAAAAAGUUUAUUGGCCGGUAAUUGAACUACGAAAGUACAAGGGUGUGUAUGGCAAGAUGAAAGAUCGGAAGUUGGAUUUGUUCUCCGUGUUUGAGGAUGCUGGGCUUAAACUUCAUUACAAUCCUGAUGAUAGCCAAGAGGUUAAAGACCCAACCAAAGACACUCCAUGGAGCAAAGGUGACAUGUACGCUGUCAUGGAAGAUUUCUUCCAAGAAAACGAAUCUUCGGAUCAAAACAUCUGGUGCCUGCAAGCCACGCGACCUCCAGAUUCAAGAUACAUGGGAUUCUCAUUUGAUGAAGGGAAUAAAAGGGGAUUUGGGAUUUUUACUGGACAUACUUCAUUCACUGGAUUGGAGAGUGGUGAAGAUAAAGUAAAUGCUGCGGCAACUCGUCGCUUUCUUCACUACAUGACACAUGAGUGCGGACAUUGCUUGGGACUGAAACAUCCCUUUGAAGAAGGAAACCCAGAUUCUCUCACUUGGAUGAACUACGCAUGGAAAUACGACACCAAACACAAGCCUGGUAGUUUCUACAAAAAGUUCAAGUUCAGUUUCAGUGACCGUGAACUUGAGAUUCUUAGACAUCAACCUGAUAAGCUUUUCAAAUCUGCCUAUUCCCAAGAAACCGGAAAAACUUUCGAAUAUCAAAGCGCUCCGAAAUCUGUGAUCCCUGAUUUCCGUGGUUAUGAUGAUGAAGAAGGGGAAACACCAGGGAAAAUCCAAGCAAGGAAUGUUCGGUUUGAUAUAAAGUUUAGACCGGAACCAUUUGCAAAGGGUGACAUCGUCGAAUUUGAAGCGACAGUGCAAAACAUUGGAAAACUUCCGAUAAAAAUCGAGACUGGGCUGACACCUGGUGGUGGGUUGCUCACAGUUUACGUCACUGAUCCCGAGGGGAAUGUGCAGAUCGUGAAACCUUUCGUUCUUGGGAUUGACUCUCCAACACGAAGUUAUGUAACACUUGGGAAGCCUGGAAGCAAAGAUGAUUCCGAGUUCCACAAAGAAAGAGUUCCACUGUUCCAAUCAUCUCAUGGUUCAUUGUUUCAAUUCACGGGAAAAUAUCACGUGAAAGCUGCUUAUGAGAGUGGAGACAUUAAAAC